CCUAACAAAAUUAAUUUUGACAUUUACUAUUUACAAACUAACCUAACUUUUUUAAAAUAAAAACGAUGGAAAUCGGAGAAUUAUUAUCAUUUAAGCCUUCAAAAGCGAUAAAACGUCCCGUUGAUGGUGAAGAUGACGACGAGGAUGAAGUCGAGAAGCAAAAACGGAUGCGAAGAAUCGCUAGAGCUAAAGCAAAUCAAAUGACCAGACCAACUUCGCCUACACCUUCCAUACAAACUCUCGAUCAAAUAACAGAGGAGGAAAGACAAGAAAUUCUUAAAUUUGUUGAGACAGAACAAACGGAAGGUGAAGUUAUCGAUGAAGCUACUAUAAAGAAGAUUGUUUUGAACUUUGAGAAGCGGUGUCUUAAAAAUCGUGAGAUGAGGAUUAAAUUUCCGGAUAGUCCUGAGAAAUUUAUGGAAAGUGAAGUUGAAUUACACGAGAUUUUACAAGAAAUGAGAGUUUUAGCCACAGCUCCUGAUUAUUAUCCAUUAUUGGUGAAAUUAAAUGUUAUUCCAAGUUUACUCGAAUUAUUAUCACAUGAUAACACUGAUAUUGCAGUUGCAACAAUAGAAUUAAUUCAAGAAAUGAGUGACGUUGAUAUUUUACACGAAUCAGAAGAAGGAGCUGAAGCUCUUAUUGAAUCAUUAUUAGAGCACCAAGUUAUCGCUUUAUUAGUACAAAAUUUAGAUCGUUUGGAUGAAAACGUAAAAGAAGAAGCUGAUGGCGUUCAUAACACACUCGCGAUCGUUGAGAAUUUAACCGAAUUACGUACCGAAAUUUGCAACGAAGCUUCCAAACAAGGUUUAUUACAAUGGUUAUUAAAACGUUUAAAACUAAAAGUACCUUUCGAUCCAAACAAAUUAUACGCCAGCGAGUUAUUAUCAAUUUUGCUUCAAGAUAACAAUUCAAAUCGAUUGGCUUUAAGCGAACUCGAUGGAAUUGACACUUUAUUACAACAAUUAGCGUUUUAUAAACGUCACGAUCCCUCGAAUGCGGAAGAAUUUGAGUUAAUGGAAAAUUUAUUUAAUUGUUUGUGUAGCUCAUUAAUGGCGGUUACGAAUCGUGAUAAAUUUUUGAAAGGGGAAGGUUUGCAAUUGAUGAAUUUGAUGUUAAGAGAAAAGAAAACGUCAAGGAAUGGAUCACUAAGGGUGUUAGAUUAUGCAAUGUCUGGACCUCACGGACGUGAUAAUUGCAAUAAAUUCGUUGAUAUUUUAGGAUUAAGAACAAUUUUUCCUCUUUUCAUGAAAACCCCAAAGAAAAAUCGUAAAAAAGUAUUAUCUGCUGAAAAACACGAGGAACAUGUCACCUCGAUUAUUGCGUCAAUGUUAAGAAAUUGCCGAGGUUCUCAAAGACAAAGAUUAAUUAGUAAAUUCACCGAAAAUGAUCACGAAAAAGUCGAUAGAUUGAUGGAAUUACAUUUUAAAUACUUAGAAAAAGUCGAAGCACUUGAUAAUGCAAUUGAUGAAGAUCAAGAUAAUGAGGAUGAUUUUUAUAUGAAGAGACUUGAAGGUGGGUUGUUCACGUUGCAAUUGGUUGAUUAUAUUAUUGUUGAAGUUUGCGCCGCGGGCCCUGCUUCUAUUAAACAGCGGGUUUGUCAAGUUUUAAAUUUACGAGGGGCAUCUUUAAAAACAAUUCGUCAUGUUAUGAGGGAGUAUGCUGGAAAUUUGGGCGAAGAAGGAAGUAAAGAGUGGAGAGAUCAAGAGCAACAACACAUUUUACACCUCGUCGAUAAAUUUUAAAAUUAAUAUGGAGUUUCCUUGUAAUGAUGUAAUGUACAAAGAAUAAGAAUGAUUAAUAAAUGUCAUAAGUAAUAAAA